GCAUUUUACGUCAGUUGAAAGCAAAGGCUCGGCGACGGUGCCCUCUUCGGACAUGGGGUCCUCAGUGUCCCAUCACGUCGAGUAUGCCAGGCCUCCCCCCGCGACCCCACCUGCGAAACCCGCUGCGCCAGCUUCCGACGCACAGGAUUCCUCUUCUGCAGACUGCUGGAGCUGUCGCUUGCUUUCUGGGUCUGCGCUCUUCGGGGCGGGCGUCUACGUCUACCUGCUGGGCCAGAGGCCCAUGAAGCGGGGACUCCCAGUGCAACCAGGCUCCAUAGCGCAGAUGGUCGUCGGCGUCUGUAUCGCCUGUUUUGGUGUAGUUGUCCUGGCGGACCCCAAGAAGUCCCAUCAAGUUUGAAAGUACCAGCAAUUAAUUGUUGUAUCCAGUCUCUGGCCGCGCGGCAAAAAGAGCAAGCAUUGUGUUGGUGGAUAUUCUUUGCAGACGUGGGCAGGGAUGCACUUCAUUAUAGAACAUGCCAAGAACACUGUGACAACAUGAACUGUCAUUCUUUGAUCAUGGAUGUUUACAACUUUCUCCCCUCAGGUUAUCAAGGGACAAAUAAAUCCCGUGGAAGCAAAAAA